AUGGGGCAAAAGCGCGCGGCGCCCGGCCCGCUGGUUUUCGAGGGGUCUAAUACCCCCGCGAUUCAGCUCCCUGAUGGCACUGUGCAACAGUCCUUCCUCUCGCCGAUUCAACCAUCCGCUGCUCAUCGUAACGGCCACAUGAAUUUAGAUACUUUUUCUCCGGUCAACGAAAAUGGAAGCUUUGAGUUUGAUCGGGUCCUCAAGUCAAAGAAGGUGAACCGCCGGGUGAAGCCAAAGCAUGUGUUUAGAGCAUUUUGGAAACCCGCGUAUCUUGUUCUCCGGCCGAAUUUGUUAUCGGUCUACAAGGAUGAGGAGGCGACCCGGCUGCGAGCGUCCAUAUCACUUUCCGAGGUGACUGCGGUCGCACCUAUCAAAUCUCACCGUUCGUCCCGACAGUUUGUUUUCGCUAUAUUCACUUCGUCGAAGAAUUAUCGUUUCCAGGCUUUGUCGGAAAAGGAUAUGGAAGAUUGGAUUGCGCGGAUACGUACCGAAAGCCGUUUAACUGAAGACGAGGAUGCGCUUUUUGCUUUGUCAAAAAAGAACGAACAGCAGGAAGCUGCCGUUCUUAACAAGCAGCGGAUCUAUGACACCACUGACCAUUCGGAUAUUGAAUACCGGGAAAGGGCAAGCUCCCCUGAAUUUGCUCGCGAUCUGCCUUCUAGUCAUCGAACGAGACUCGCUAGUCCUGUAGACUACUCGGCGAAUGACAUUACCUCAUACUCUGAAUGGUCAGACGGGCCUGGGAGUAACACGAGUGUCCAUUCGAAGUCUAAGCCUUCGGUCCAUGAUUUCUCUUCGUCCGCGCCAACCAUUCCGCAGUCUACUCCUUCUCGCGAAGCCGCUAGAAACCACGAGACUGGGAUCCUGCGCGACCCAGAAAGGGUUGUCUGCAGUGGCUACCUGAAGUGCCUCAAGAUAAAAGGGGGUGUGCGACAUUGGAAACGCCUAUGGAUUGUACUACGAGCAAAGAGCCUGGCGUUCUAUAAAGACGAACAAGAGUACUCCGCCGUCAAAAUCAUCCCAAUGACGCAAAUAUUCGACGCCGCAGAGGUUGACCCCAUGUCUCGCUCCAAAAGCUUCUGUCUACAGAUAAUCGCAGAAGAAAAAAUAUACCGACUCUCGACGCCUGAUGAAGAAUCUCUUGCGCAGUGGCUAGGUGCCCUGAAAAGCAUAAUUGUUGCGCGAAAGAAACAGGGCAACCAACCAGCAGCGUCAUAA